AAAUCGCCCAACGCUAAUUGGUGCUAACGGUGGUGAUGGCAAUGGCUGGUGCUUACGAUUAUAGUCGACAUUGGCUUUGUUUUGUUUAGCGUUUAGGCGCAAAAAUAUCCUGGUGCUUUGAACGUUGAUUGUGAACAUACUACUCGAGUUCAGGACAUUCAGUUUUAGUUUUAUUCAGAUAUUGGUGUUCAAAAGUGUUCAUUCAUCAUUAGAACAAGAGUCAACAAUGCCCGUCCUGAUGAAGCAAGUUGGAACAACACGAAAGCUGUUAAAAUCUCGUCUUCAAACGGAUAUUUCAUUUCGCGGGUAUGCAUCGGAAUGGCAACACAUUCGAGACCUGCUGUUCCGCACGGCAGAACACGGAGAAUCCAACAGUGCUUUGCUGCUAGGUCCUAGAGGAUGUGGGAAAACCACGCUGGUGGCAUCGGUGCUGGCAGAUUUGCUUCCGAAUGAGGAUUUCUACAAAAAUACGUUGAUUGUGUACCUAAACGGAUUACUCCACACGGACGAUCGAUUGGCUUUGAAGUCAGCCACAGCACAGAUGAAUUUGGAGAACGCCGUCAAUGGUAAAGUGUUUGGAUCGUUUGCGGAGAAUCUGGCCUUUUUGCUGGAGUGCCUCAAGGCGGGGGACAAAAAACGGUCCAAGAGUGUGGUCUUCAUACUUGAAGAGUUUGAUCUCUUCUGCGCUCACCAUAAUCAAACGCUGCUGUACAAUUUGUUCGAUGUGGCUCAGUCUGCUCAGGCUCCGAUUUGUGUGCUAGGAAUAACUGCCCGCCUGGACGUCAUAGAACUAUUGGAAAAGCGAGUCAAGUCCAGAUUCUCCCAUCGUCAAAUAUUCAUACUUCCUAGGGAAGACGAUAUAGAAGAACGAGUGGAAUUAUUUAAACUUCUGCUGAAACUGCCAACGGAUAAAGAGAUCAAGGAAUACACAAAGCGUAAUAAACCAAUCCCUUGGGAAGCACUACAGAAUGAUGAACUUCCAUUACUGCGACGAGUUUUCGCUCCUAGUGCCUAUUCGUUUGAAGCCAAAUGGGUCUCUCAAUGGAACAAACAUAUUGAUGCACUUGCUGGCAAUCCCAAAGUGGUAUCCGUUUUGCAAAACAUGUAUGAUUACGAUGUUUUGGAAGCCACCUUUAAAACGUUCCUGUUUGAACUAGUGUCGCAUUUGAGUGAAAGUGAUCCUUUUAUAACCGUUGAAGACAUCCAGCAUCUGGGUCAACAGUUCGAAUGUGACGAUAAGAUCAAUUUACUGUGCGGAUUGUCAGUGUUGGAGCAGUGCUUGCUGAUUGCUAUGAAACAUCAUUCGGAAAUCUACGAUCGAGAUCCGUUCAAUUUUGAAAUGAUUCUGACUCGAUACAGCAAGUUUGCCAAUUCCAGCUCUACGAUGCAAGGCAUUGAUCGUAGUGUUGUUCUGAAAGCGUACGAGCACGUGAAAAAUUUGGAAAUCAUAGCCCCAGUGUGUGGUUCCAGUUCUAAAGUUCAGAAAGAAUAUCAGUUACAUAGGCUACUCUUGACUUACGGUCAAAUUAAUCAGGCUGUGGUGAAAACACCAAACCUUCCCACCGAAGUGAGUCAAUGGGCACAAAGUUCUUUAGUAUAGUAUUUUGUACUAGUUUUAGAAUCGUUGCAAAUUGUAUUCUAAUUGUAAUAAAAGUUAUUAUUUAUUUUAA